UUUUUAAAAUAACUUACAAUAAAAUUGAUCAAUUAUCCGUUGGCAUGUGAAGUGUGAUCCUCCUCCUGCCUCUCACUCUCUCUGUCUCUCUCUCCCUCUCUGUUGAUUGAGGAGAAGAGAUGUCAGGUUCUCAGUGCUGCGAGAACCCACCACCUCUCAGCUCAGGCAGUGGAGCUGGGUUUGUCGCAGAGCUCGGCGGCCUCAAAUCCUACCUUACUGGUUCUUCUGAUUCCAAGCUCGCCAUUCUUCUCAUUUCUGAUGUUUUUGGAUAUGAAGCACCAAACCUGAGGAAGCUUGCUGACAAAGUUGCAGCUGCUGGAUACUUUGUUGUGGUUCCGGACUUCUUUUAUGGAGAUCCUUAUUCACCUGAUAAUGAUGCGAGACCUAUCACAGUCUGGAUACAAUCUCAUGGAACAGGUAAAGGAUUUGAAGAUGCAAAACCAGUUGUUGCAGCUCUGAGAAGUAGAGGGAUAACCACAGUUGGUGCUGCAGGAUUUUGCUGGGGUGCAAAGGUUGUUGUGGAACUUGCGAAAUCUGAUCACAUUCAAGCUGCUGUGCUGUUACACCCUUCGCUUGUCACUGUGGAUGAUAUUAAGGAGGUGAAGGCACCAAUUGCCAUAUUGGGAGCUGAGAUUGACAAGAUUUCUCCACCAGAACUCCUCAAACAGUUUGAGGAUGUUUUGUAUUCUAGACCUGAGGUUAACAGCUACGUCAAGAUAUUUCCUGGUGUUGCACAUGGAUGGACGGUGAGGUACCAAGUUGAAGAUGAGAAGGCUGUAAAGCGCGCUGAAGAAGCUCAUGGGAACAUGUUGGACUGGUUUUCCCAGCAUAUGAAUUGAAGAUUCGUGGCAUUUGUGUUUCCCAUGAACAGUAAUCUCCUAUUAUAACUACUCUCAGUGACAAUCCUAUUUUAUUCUAUCAUCACUAUUUUUGGCAAUGGUUCCAGAAAAUGAUUUAACAAAAUAGUUUCUCUGUAAAAUAAUUGAAUAGGGCUAUUAUCACAUCUUCAAAUUGUGCUUGUAAACUUUCAUGCCUUGGAUGAUCCAAAAUCUCAGUGUGGUGUUGAAGAGACAA